AUGUACAGUCGGUUCCGGGCUCGCUCCUCCCCUAACCCAGCUGUGCAGAUGCCACCGGUCACAGUGGCUCCCAGUGACCUGCCUCUUAUACGCGACGGUCACAUGACCAAGCACCGCCCCCAGCAGGAGGUUAUGCAAGACACACGCACACAACGAGCGUUCUACAGUCAUGGAUACAGUGUUACUGUUUGCCCUGGGUUCACCCAGUGCAGGGAUUCCGUGGGAUUCCAUGAGUUCUGCGAGCUCUUCUACUGCAGCAGAACACAGUAUCACCGCUUGCCACUAAAUCUAAAGUAUUGA